UGAUGACUGACCAGGCGCCAGGCGCUGUUUACCUUUAGGUCGAUUUUUUCGUCAGUUCGUCGUUGACUGCAUUCCCGCGUCGCGGGCGAUAGCCGGCGGAGAAACAUUCGCAAAAACACGUAUUAUACCUAUAAUAAUAUGCGUGUUCGUGUACGGGAGAAAACAAUAUUGGUGUUCUAUUAGCAAUAACAGCAGCAGCUAUCGUAUUACGUGCGUGAUAACGUGACCCGAACGAAUGAAUAUCAGAAUAUUAUAAUAUUAUGUAGGACUUUAAGUGGGCAAUAACUAUUACAAUUUUUCUUACUACCAAUUAACUCUACGACACACACACACACACACACACACACUUUAUAUAAUAUACUAAACAUUAAGUGGUAUGCUCGAAUUGGCAUUUGGCGAGAGGUAAUUAGUGUUGAACCCAUAAAAUACAUACACACAGUGGUUACUAUAUUAUAUUAUUAACAAUUUGUCAAACAUUUUCUGAGGUGGUGGUGUCUACACACCAUAUACUUACAUUAUACAGUAUACACUUAUAACAGGCAACACACAAAGUGCUGACUUGUGUUAUUAUCAAUAAUGGAAUACAAUCGUUCAACUUACUAAUGUAUAAUUUAAAACAUAAUAUAAUUAUAAUAAUAUCAUGGCUGAAUUUUUUAAAACAAAAAGGAGAAAAAUGUCUUCCAGCAGAGAUGGUGAUGAAAACGAAGCUGUAACUAAUUUUCGAGAAUAUUUACGUAUUCCCACCGUUCACCCUGAUGUUGAUUAUAGUAAAUGUGUUGAAUUUCUAUUGCGUCAAGCCCAAAGCUUAAAUCUUCCAUCAAAUAUUUAUUAUAUGGCCCCUGGUAAACCAAUAGUAGUUAUAACAUGGCUUGGGCAGAAACCAGAACUUCCUUCUAUACUACUUAACUCUCAUACGGAUGUUGUUCCAGUUUAUUCUGAAUUUUGGACUCACGAUCCAUUUUCUGCACAUAAAGAUAAAAAUGGAAACAUUUAUGCUAGAGGAGCACAAGAUAUGAAAUGCGUUGGAAUACAAUACAUAGAAACAAUACGAAAAUAUUUAAAAGAUAAAUUAGUUUUUGAUAGAACUAUACAUAUGUUAUUUGUGCCUGAUGAAGAAACGGGUGGACAUUUAGGAAUGAAAUUGUUUGUUGGGUCCCCUGAAUUUGCAUCAUUAAAUGUAGGUUUUGCGUUAGAUGAAGGAUUGGCUAGUAGCGAUGAUAGUUUCAGUAUAUAUUAUGGAGAACGAACUCUAUGGCAUCUCCAAAUAAAAUGUACUGGUACACCUGGACAUGGGUCCUUAUUACACGAAAAUACAGCUGGAGAAAAGUUGCAAUAUGUUAUUAACAAGUUUAUGAAUUGGAGGGAACACGAAAAAUUAAGAAUGGAGACUUGUAAAUUAGGUUCUGGAGAUAUCACAUCAAUAAAUUUAACGAUGGUAAAUGGAGGAUGUCAAAUUAAUGUGGUGCCACCAGAGUUGACAGUUAGUUUUGAUGUACGAUUGAGUAUUGCUGUAGAUGUGACGACAAUAGAAAAAACAGUUAAAGAAUGGUGUGAGGAAGCUGGCGAAGGUGUAACUUUGGAGUUUAUAAGUAAAAGCCCAUUCAUUCAACCUACACUAAUUUCACCAGAAAACCCUUGGUGGGUUACAUUUAAAAACGAGUGUGAUAAAAUGAAUUUGAAAACAAAAACGUAUAUAUUUCCUGGCGCAACAGAUAGUAGAUAUAUUAGAGAGAUUGGUAUUCCAGCUCUAGGAUUUUCACCAAUAAAUAAUACUCCUAUUCUUUUGCAUGAUCAUGAUGAAUUUUUGAAUGAGAAGACAUUCCUGGACGGCAUAGAUAUUUAUUAUAAUAUUAUCAAGAGCCUUGCAUCUGUUUGAGUUACAAUUUUUUUUUAUUUAUCUUCAUAUAUUAAUUAAUUUUAAUGAUGAAACAUUAUAUUUGUUAUUAAUUAUAAGAAUAUUAUACCUCAGACUUUAUUUUAUAAAAAAAAAAUAACAAUUUGAGUUUAAUCAUUUUAAAUUUAGUUCUAUUUAUUUAAAUUUUCUGUUAAAAAUGUGUUAUAAUUAUAUAAUAUAUAGUAGUCUUGGAAAUCCUGCGAUAAUCUGGUACGUCCAGUAAUCCAGCUAUAUUUUAUUUUUUA